AAGCCACCACAUAGAAGAGUGCUGAGGCCCUUUGAUUCCUGAGCCUGGUCCUUAACUCUAUCCUCUCUCCCUGCUUCUAGGUGUCGUGCCCAGCUCUACGGAGCCCUCUCCACACUGACAGAAUGAAUGCCCUAGAGAGUGUCCCCUUCAAGGUGCCCAAGGGCUUUGUAGUCAACACGGAGCCUCUCCCUGCACCGGAGCUCAGUGUCCCGGCCUGCAGGGAGCUUCUGCUAGGAUCUAUGCAUGACUUCAGCCUGGAAAGGAAAGCUCUCUUCUGCGCAGAGGCUGCCAUCCCGGGCCCCGGCCCUCACCAGGGCGGUGACCUGGGGACAGCCUCCGCCCCUCCAGCCUGGCUCCUGCUGGCCAGUCCAGAACACGAGCCGGCCCCUGUGCCGGCCCCAGUGGAAGGCCUGGAGGCCGGGGCUGCGGAGCCACCACCAGAGGAGGAGGCCAAGCAGGAGGCCUUUGGUGCCAGUGAGGAAGAGCUGGAGCACGGCCAUCCGCAGCCCGGCUGCCCAGCGAGCCCCAGCCCGAGUCCCCACGGCCGCGGGGGCUCGCUGGCCAGGCUGCGCAGCGUGAAGUCUGAGCUGGCCGGGGCUCGAAGACGGCUGUCGGAGAGCAUGGCCACCUGUCCCCGCGCCCUCCUGCACCGCCUCCGUGGCCACUGCGCGCUGAGCCCGUGCCCGGAACCCGCACCCUCCCCGGAUGCCACUCCCGCAUUGCCCCCGCGACCUGCCACAGCCGGAGCCAUGCCCCCCCUGAGGAGCCACAAGCCCACGGUGGCGUCCCUCAGCCCGUACACCUGCCUGCCACCUCUUAGGGGGACGCCCCAGCCUCCAAACCCCCACAGAUCGCAUCCUGAUUCAGCAGAUGACCUGCUGUCUGCCCUGAGCCAAGAGGAGCAGGACCUCAUCGCACCGGUGGUCGCCCUGGGUUACCCCCUGGGAAGGGCCAUUGUGGCUCUGCAGAAGACAGGGAGACAGAGCCUGAGCCAGUUUCUCAGUUACCUCAGUGCCCAGGAGAGGUUGCUGCGGCAGGGCUACCAGGAGGCCCUGGUGGAUGAGGCCUUGGAACUGUUCCAGUUCUCCGAGAGCCAGGCAGGGGAGUUCUUGCGCCUCUGGGAGCAGUUCAGCGACAUGGGCUUCCAGCAGCAGCACAUCAAGGAGGUGCUUCUGGUCCACGGUAACCGUCGUGAGCAAGCCCUGGACGAGCUGGUGGCCUGUGCCCAGUGACCGAGGAGGAACUGCAAUGCCUGGGCCACCGGGCUAGUGCCACACCUGGCAGUCCAUCCUGGUAUUAUUCAAAUGAGACCAGUGAAACAGUGCAUGCUGGGAAGUGGGGGAGGGGGGUGGAGGCAAGUGAAUACCAACCAAUCAGCUGGAAGCGUUGAAGGCAUUGCUUCUGGGUUGUGGCAUGGAUGGUGGGUUUUCAUCCAAGCCUUGAAAACUACCUACAGCUGACUCUAAAACAGUGUGCAUUCAUCAUUUUCAUUCUGAGGAAAUUAAAUAAAUGGU